AGAGGAUUUUUACCUUGGGAUUUGCAGAUAUUAAACUUCGCUUCGUAGACAAUAUUUACUUUCCUACGGCGGCAUCCACGUGUUCUCAUUUAACUAUCUGAUUUUUUUAGCGGUACUCAGGUUCACAAUGUUUCUUUGUUUUCACUGAAGCACUUCAAGCAGAGCCAAAGAAAUAUUAGCUGGGUGGGGUAAAGAAGUGGGUAGACAAGUAUGAAUCAAAUAUUAACUGUGCGUCAUAUGCCCUGCCCCAUUGCUCAAUUUGGUCGUCGCCAUGGCAUUCACUGUUCUUCUUCAUCCCCACAAUUGCCUCUUGCACAAGCUUACUUGUUGCAGGCGACAAGCUUUCAAUCAUUUCACAUGGCAUUGUGGCCUUUAAAUAGGAGGAAAAGUAGAGUGUGGUGUGGGAGUGCAGAUGGCAGUUGGAACGAAUUGGACGCAAUAUACGCAAGAUGUAAAAUGUGGAAGUGGAAAGGUUACAAUAUUAACUACUUUGUUGGAGGAGAAGGACCAGCAUUGUUGCUCGUUCAUGGAUUCGGUGCUUCCAUUGGUCACUGGCGCAGGAAUAUACAGGUAUUAGCUGAGAGCUACACCGUAUAUGCUAUUGACUUACUGGGUUUUGGUGCAUCAGACAAACCAGCCAAUUUAGACUUUUCAAUGGAAAUUUGGGCUGAGCUAGUUUUAGACUUCUCAAAGGAUGUGAUACAGGCACCGACAGUAUUGAUUGGAAACUCUGUUGGGAGCUUGGCUUGUCUUAUUGCUAGUUCAGAGGCUCCAGAAAACUUGGUGCGUGGCAUUGUAUUGCUCAACUGUGCAGGAGGCAUGAACAACAAGGCCAUUGUUGAUGAUUGGCGGAUUAAACUUGUAUCUCCUUUACUUUGGCUUAUAGAUCUUUUACUCAAGCAGAGGAGAAUUGCAUCAGCAUUGUUUGAACGUGUCAAAACAAGAGAAAAUUUGAAGAGCAUAUUACAGGCAGUAUACAGCAACAAAAUGUCUGUUGAUGAUGAAUUGAUAGAGGUGAUUAAGAAGCCUGCUGAUGAUCCAGGGGCUAUAGAUGUCUUCGUUUCUGUACUGACAGGGCCACCUGGGCCAAAUCCGAUUUCAUUGAUGCCCAGCAUCUCAAUUCCUGUUCUAGCUUUAUGGGGUGACGAGGAUCCAUUUACUCCACUUGAUGGCCCUGUUGGAAAAUACUUCUCCUCUCUGCCAUCAAUGUUUCCAAAUGUGGAGUUUGUGGUCCUCCAAGGGGUGGGGCACUGCCCUCAUGAUGAUAAUCCUGAUUCGGUUCAUGAAAAACUUCUUAGUUGGCUAGCUAACCUACCUGUUCAGACACCAUCAGUAGCAUCUGCAUAAUAGGCUGUUUGAAUUUGGUUUUUGGCGUACAGAAGUUAUUCAUAUGGUAUUCAAACCCUUGUGUAUGUUUUAUUC